ACGACUCCAGUAGUAGUAGAACAGUAAAAAAACAACAAAAAACUUUUUCUUCUCUCUCUCUCACUAGCAUGCUCUGCUCUCUCUCUCUCUCUCUAUAACUUUCCUGGGAAAGUAAAUUCCAAAAGGAAAAUUAAUUUCGAUUUAGGGUUUUUUAUUUUUUAUUUUUAUUUUUUUGGUGUGAAUAAUGUCUCAGACAGGGAAAUUGAUGCCGAAUCUGGAUCAACAGAGCACAAAAAUGCUCAACCUCACUGUGCUCCAAAGAAUCGAUCCCUUCAUUGAAGAGAUCUUAAUCACCGCCGCUCACGUCACCUUCUACGAGUUCAACAUCGAGAGCAACCAAUGGAGUCGCAAAGACGUUGAAGGAUCUCUUUUUGUUGUUAAGAGGAAUACUCAGCCGCGGUUCCAAUUUAUUGUAAUGAAUAGGCGUAACACAGAUAACCUAGUGGAGAAUCUCUUGGGAGAUUUUGAGUAUGAAGUUCAAGUUCCAUAUCUGUUGUACCGGAAUGCAUCCCAAGAGGUUAAUGGAAUUUGGUUUUACAAUCCACGGGAGUGUGACGAUGUUGCGAAUCUAUUUAGUAGGAUACUUAAUGCAUAUUCAAAAGUUCCUACAAAGUCAAAAGUAUCUUCAAGCAAAAGUGAGUUUGAGGAACUUGAAGCAGUCCCAUCCAUGUCAUUAAUGGAAGGUCCUCUGGAACCAUCAUCAUCUGCCACUGACGCACCUGAAGAUUCUUCCUUUCGGAAUCUUUUUAAUACAGCUAUGAAUAUUGGAGCUCCAAAUGUAGCGAACUCUAGACAGCUGUCACAGCCCUAUCAUUCUUCUGCAGCUCUCCCUUUAUCUUCUCAUUCAUCUAGUGUUGUUUCUUCUACUGCUCCAACUCCACAAGUACCAUCACUUUCUCUUUCAGCUCCAUCUAAUCCAACUCCCCUUCAAGACACCGUUGAUCCAAUCAGCAGCAACAAUCUGGUCGCUAAUCUUCUGAAGCCCUCUUCUUUUUUUGCACCCCCUUCCUCAUCGGCCUUGAUAAUGCCGCCUAUUUCUUCAUCUAUCCCAACUGCUCCUGUCCUUCACCCUCCCCUGAAUCUGCAACGUCCAUAUGGCACUCCAAUGCUUCAACCCUUUCCACCACCCACUCCACCAUUGUCGCUUACUCCGAGUUCUUCUCCUUCAAAUGAUGGACUUCUUAUUAGCAGAGACAAAGUUCGCGAUGCACUUCUGAUGCUUGUUCAGGACGAUCAAUUUAUUGACAUGUUUUACAAAGCAUUAGUGAAGGUGCACCAUCCUUGAGUACCUCUAGAGAACUAGUGAGCUUUCCUUCUGAAGAUAUUGCUGAUCUAAACAUGUGUGUAAAAAUCAGUUCUGUAUAUAGCUCUGGUUCCAUAAAUAAUGAUGGUGGAUAAUAUCUUUGAACAGAAUUUUCUUCCAAUUCAAGUUGAGGAAAGUUUCCCCAGCCCACAAUAUGGCGAUUCAACCAAUCAUCUAUGUCUAUUUUUAAUCGCAUUACCUUUUUAAUAGCUAUACACUUGUUUAGGCUACUUAAUGGGUCAUAUGAUUAAAAUACAGGUGGAUGGUUAUUUUAAUCACCACAGGUUUGAGGAGAUCUCUUUAAAUUGGAGGAAAACUUUGUGCAAUAUCUUUUUCUGUGUAACUUUACUGAUACUUCAGCCUUUUUGGAAACUUGUCUACUUUGAGAAGUUGCUUUCUUGGAUGUAGGGUAGCGCUCUCUUGUUGGGUUUUGUGUAUUUCAUUUUCUCCCCUUGAAUAGAAUGUUGGUAAUAGUUGAAAUAGACAUUUUUGUUCAUUUCAGAGGUUUA